AUGAUGGCACGAUAUUUCCAAUCUGAUUUCUAUCAACAGUCACCAACACUAGAAGUCACAGAAGAAGACGAGAUGAGUGUGUUGGAUGACAAGAUCUUGGAGCCCUCGUCCGAAGAUCUUCACGAUCGCCGCGCCACAUACGAUGCUCCAGAUGCCUACUCACAUCGGGAUUCCGUCUGGUCCAAUUACUCGCAUACCUCCAACCAGUCCCGAUCAAAUUCGCAUCUCGGUCACUCCAUGCUUAAUUCAACGGGUGCUUCAUUUAUGCCCGUCGACGGCCCUCACUCAGCCUCAUACCAGUCGUCAUGGUCCAUGCCGCGCCCCGAUUCCGGCUCAUGUACCCCGACCGCUGGCUACGAACAGUAUCCCGCUGAAGCAGAGCAGAGCCAGUCUGCUCCGUUCUCCGGGGGUGCUGUAGGUCCUGUCGGUGCGAUCCCUAUGAACCCGAUGUCGUACCGGGGGAGUAUGUCGUUCGCGCCAGGGAGCGUGGCUAUGUCGCCGCAGUCGAGUCAGGGCUGGAUGCCGGCGCCGAUGGACCUAGCUGAUGCACCCUCACAUUCCACCAAGAGUCCCACAUACCGACAUGGCUCCCCGUUGACUGUGCGCCGGGAUGGCAUCCGGAAGAAGAACGCCCGUUUUGAGAUCCCCGCUGAGCGAACGUUGAGUAACAUCGACCACUUGAUCAGUCAGUCCAACAACGAGGACGAGAUCAAAGAGCUCAAGCAACAGAAGCGACUGCUGCGAAAUCGGCAGGCUGCACUGGACUCUCGUCAGCGCAAGAAAUUGCACACCGAGAAGCUGGAAGAAGAGAAGAAACACUUCACCGCAACAAUCGGCGACCUAGAAGAGGCACUGCAGAGCAUGAAAAUGCGCGAGGCCGACCUCCUCCGUGAAAAGAGCGAGUGGAUCGUCACCCAUCAGCAGAUGAAUCAAUACAUCGAAGGCCUGCACAUGGAAAAGGAUGAAGUCAUCCGCGUACACACGCUGGAAACAGCCGAGCUGCGCAAGAAAAACAACAUCCUCAUGGAAACCGUGGACAAACUCGAGAGAAGCGCCAAUGUCAAGCCAGCACCGGAGAUCAUCCCGGGCGACUUCACCGGCUUCGAGAACCUCACCAUGGACCCCCACUGGGAUGACUUCCCCAUGACAAACGGAAUACCCAUGCAACAAGACCAUCUCCAGGCCCGCAACCACACCCACACAGUAAACGUAAACCAGCAGAUGCAGCCUAAAGCCCCGGAGAAAUCCACCGGCGACCUGCCAAUCAGCUGGAACGCAUUCUACAUGUGUCUCCUGUUCGGCGCAUUCAUCGCCUCAAACAGCACCUCCAUCCCAGGCCGCUCCCUGCCCCAACUCUCAGAAGAGUACCGCGCCGAGUCAGCCAACGUGCUCAAAGCCGUGCUGGCCUCAUCGCCCGGCCAGGAUCUGCAUGCCACGCACGCGACAGCCACAGGCCCAACCCCCGCAACAAUCAGCGGCGUAGAAAUGGGCCAGAUGGGCGUGCAACAUCAACAUCAACAAGUCGGACCCUCGACUCUAGAUCAGUUGCACGAUACAUUGGUCAUGCCAACAGAGCAGCAAGAGCGCGACCAAGUCUUCGCUCUCAACGCUGAUCAGUAUAACUCCCUGACAACGUUUGAAGAGGAUGGUGUUGGCUUUAAAACGCAGCAGCCGUCGAAUCUGCAGCAGGCCCUUGCUGCUAUGCGUAAUUCGGCUGCUCAGCAGGGUCGUCUGCAUGCCGCGCCUUCGGAUGUGUAUUCCAGGUCGCUUAUGUGGGAUCGUGUGCCUGAGAAGGUUAUUCACGAUUUCAGACGUAUGGUUCAGGACUACGCUACCCCUGUCAAGGAGGAGGGUGUCUUCCAUGCUUAG